AUGAAGUUCCUAAGCACCUUCGUUACCACCGCGCUCCUCGUGAGCAGCAGCCUGGCAGCACCACGCACCCUCAAAGAACGCAUGCAAGCCCGCAUAUCCUCCCGCCAAUCAAACCCCAACCAGCGCCUUACCACCACCGACUCCGACCAACGAGCCUUAACCAACAUCCAAUACAGCAACAACUGGGCCGGCGCCGUCUACGAACAAGCAACCCCAGAAGGCUCCUGGAACUACGUCUCAGGCACCUUCACAGUCCCGGAACCAAAGGCCGUCGGCGAGGCCAAAGAAGGUAGUGUGACAGCUGGCUCUGCUUGGGUUGGAAUCGACGGCGACACAUACGGCGAGGCGAUCUUGCAGACGGGCGUGGACUUCUACGUCGAGGCGGAUGGGAACGUGCGCUAUGAUGCGUGGUACGAGUGGUACCCGGACUACGCGUACGAUUUCGAGCUGGAUUUCAAGGCGGGUGAUGUCGUGAAUCUCGUCGUUGAGGCGUACUCGUCUAGCUGGGGUUAUGUGCAAAUCGAAAAUCUAUCGACCGGCGAAACGGCAACGCAGAUUCUCAGAGCACCAACGGAAAAGGCGGUGCUUGCUGGUGAGAAUGCGGAAUGGAUCGUCGAGGACUUUCAGUCUGGUGGUGAGCUGGUGAACUUGGUUGAUUUCGGGACUGUCACGUUCACAGAGACGCAGGCACAGAGUGGAAACAAGGUCUACGGAGUCAAGGACGCGUCGAUCGUCGAGUUGAAGCAGGGGGAUAGAGUGAUUACCGAGACGACAAUCAUCAGUGAUGAGGAGUUCAACGUGAAGUAUACGGGCUAG